GUUGCAGAGCAGCGGGUCACAGAGGUUGAAUGAGAAGUUAGUGUUAGAGGGUUUUCUGCAGGGGAGAGUUGCUAUGGCAGGAUUUCUGCUCAUCACUCUGCUUUUUUAUCUGAACUGUGGCUCAUUUGUUGUUGUUAUAAGCAGACCUGCAGAUGGCACAACCUCAAGGAGAGCCACUGUGGCUUUAAACACAGCUCUAACUUCAACCGAGAGCCUUUUUUCUGCAGGGAAACCCAAUACCACUGAGGUUCCCACCACAGGAUUCACAACUAGGUAUCGUAAGUCAAUAAGCAAACCCACAACAGCUCCAGAAAGUCUGAGUGAAGCUGCUGGUAAAAAAACUGAAAGAGAAGAAGAAGAAGGUCCUCCAGAGUUGGCAAAGAGGUCCACCAGAGGCAUUAAGGUAGCAAAGAAGCCCAAAACGGUCCUGAAGAAACCCAAAGUCAUCGACAAGAAGCCAAAUGCUGCUGAAAGAGCAAAACCCCAGGUCAAAAAAAGAGUGAGCCAAUCAGUGGCCACAGAAACAGCCCCACAAUGUCCUCCACUGGGUCUCGAGUCACUGAAGGUCAAAGACACACAGCUGAGGGCUUCGUCCUACAAGCGCCGAGGCCUGGGUCCCCACAGGGGUCGACUCAACAUCCAGUCUGGAACAGUGGAUGGAGAUAUCUAUGAUGGGGCCUGGUGUGCUCAGUACAGGGAUAAGAAGCAGUGGCUGGAGGUCGACGCUCGACGGCUGACUCGCUUUACUGGUGUCAUCCUCCAGGGGCGCAACUCCAUCUGGAGCUGGGACAUUGUGCAUACCUACAAGGUGCAGUUCAGCAAUGACACACUGGUCUGGAAGCCAUGUAUGAACGGGACUGAAGAGGCUAUAUUUGAAGGAAACCAAGAUGCAGAGACACCCGUCCUUGCCCUCUUCGACACUUCCACAGUGGCACGCUACAUUCGGAUCAACCCACAGACCUGGUACCAGAAUGGGACAAAGGGGGACAUCUGCCUGAGAGCUGAGGUGUUGGGCUGUGCACUCCCAGAUCCAAACAGUAUCUAUCCAUGGCAGACAGAGCCCACAGAGUCCAAAGACAAGCUGGACUUCAGACACCACAACUAUAAGGAGAUGAGAAAGCUGAUGAAGUCGGUACAAGACGAGUGCCCUGACAUCACCCGCAUCUACAGCAUCGGGAAGAGCUACACGGGGCUGAAGCUCUACGUCAUGGAGAUCUCCGACAAUCCAGGAAAACACGAGCUGGGAGAACCAGAGUUCCGAUAUGUUGCAGGGAUGCAUGGGAACGAGGUGCUGGGACGAGAGCUCCUGCUAAAUCUCAUGCAGUACAUCUGCCAGGAGUAUAAACGGGGAGACCAACGCAUAGUGCACCUGGUCAAAGAGACCCGCAUCCACCUUCUGCCCUCCAUGAACCCCGAUGGAUAUGAGAUGGCCUUUAAAAAGGGCUCAGAGCUGGCAGGCUGGUCGCUGGGACGUUACAGCUAUGAAGGCAUCGAUAUGAACCACAACUUUGCUGACCUCAACUCAGUGAUGUGGACCGCCAUCGAGCUGGAGACGGACCAGUCCAAACUCAUCAACCACUAUUUCCCCAUCCCUGAACAGUACACCACCGAAGAAGCUUUUGUGGCGUCAGAGACCCGAGCUGUCAUCAGCUGGAUGCAGAACAUCCCGUUUGUUCUGGGUGCCAACCUCCACGGUGGAGAGCUGGUGGUCACCUACCCGUACGACAUGACACGGGACUGGGCGCCUCGUGAGCACACGCCCACUGCUGAUGAGAGCUUCUUCCGCUGGUUGGCGGUAGUGUACGCCAGCACCAAUCAGGUGAUGUCCAACCAUGACCGCCGGCCGUGCCACAACAAGGACUUCCUGAGAUACAAUAACAUCAUCAAUGGAGCCGACUGGCACAAUGUACCGGGAAGUAUGAAUGACUUCAGCUAUCUGCACACAAACUGCUUCGAGGUGACUGUGGAGUUGUCCUGUGAUAAAUUUCCUCACGCCAGCGAACUUCCCAUCGAGUGGGAAAACAACAGGGAGUCUCUGCUGACUUACAUGGAGCAGGUGCACCGUGGUAUUAAGGGUGUGGUUCGCGACAAGGAUACGGGGGCUGGAAUAGCAGACGCCGUUAUCAAAGUCGAUGACAUUGAUCAUCACAUUAGAUCAGUGGCCGAUGGCGAUUACUGGCGGUUGCUGAACCCCGGCGAGUAUCGGGUGACGGCCACCACAGACGGCUACUUCCCCUCCUCCCGUACCUGCCAGGUCAUGUAUGACCACUACCCCACAAUCUGUGAUUUCCGCCUCACCAAGAUGCCCAAAGAGAGGCUGAAGGAGCUUUUGAUGAAGGGAGGGAAACUUCCCAAAGACCUGCAGCUCAGGCUGCGGCAGCUACGGAUGCGGAAGCUGCGUGUCACCACCAAGGCGAUCAACCGGAGACGCGCUGCUGCCGCUAAACGGGCAAAGAGGGUGUGAUAAUGAUCGUGAUCAAAGCGAGAACAAA